CCCCCCCCCCCCGCCGCCCCUCUUUACGGCGGCGCCCCCCUCCGUCGCCUUGGCCCUCCGCCGCACUCCUAGCUUCCACGAAUUCGGGCGCCCACCCGGCGCACCAUCUAGAUCCGCCCCUGGUCGCCGAAAUGGAGGGCAAGGCGGUGGGCUUCUCGGCCGCCGACUGCGGCGCCGACGCGGCGGCGGACGAUUUCAAGUACAUCACCGGAAUGAGCACCAUCCUGGUGGCCACCAUCCAGGAGGUGAAGGACCGGGUCUCCCAGAUGGAGUUCAUCUUCUGCAGCCAGAUCUUCCCGCACUUCCAGGCCAAGUCCAAGCUCCUCCACGCGCGGCUGGCCGAUUCCACCGCCACGAGGGAGGCCGAGGAUGAGUGGCGGCAGAGGGAGGCCGGCCUGCUGAGCCAGCUGGAGGAGCUCAACCGCGGGAAGCGGCGCGCGGAGGAUAGGCUGCUGCAGCUGGAGAGCUCUCUCGAGGAGAUGCGAGGGAUGCUCGUGAACGCCGACCGGUUGGCUGCGGAGCACGAUGCCGAGAAGAAGCAUCUUCUGGGGAGAUUGGAGGAGGAAAUGAAGAAAGAUGAGGUGAUCUGGCGGCUCGAAAGGGAGAUCGGGGAGAAGGAUGCUGAGAUGUCAAGGGUGAGGGGGAGAUUGGAGGAGGAAAUGAAGAAGGACGAGGUGAUUCGUCGGCUCCAAAGGGAGAUUGGGGAGAAGGAUUCUGAGAUAUCAAGGGUGAGGGGGAGAUUGGAGGAGGAAAUGAAGAAAGACGAGGUGAUCCGCCGUCUCGAAAGGGAGAUUGAGGAGAAGGCUGCUGAGAUAUCUAGGGAGAGGGGGAGAUUGGAGGAGGAAAUGGAGAAAGACGAGGUGAUUCGUCGGCUCGAAAGAGAGAUUGGGGAGAAGUCUGCUGAGAUUUCAAGGGAGAGGGAGGCCCAUCAGCGGCUGCGACAGCAGCUGGAGUUGAAGGAUAAGGAUCUUCUUCUUGAGCAGAAUAAAUUCAAUCACGCGACGACACAAUACAAGCAUCUCAAGUCUGAGCACAACUAUCUUCUUGGAAAGAUUGCGGAGAUGGAAGGCUCCAAGAUUGACCAGAAUGAAGGCUCCAAGAUUGACCAGAAUGAAGGCUCCAGGAUUGACCUGAAUGAAGGCUCCAAGUCCCCUGUGAACCGGAAGGCCUCUGGAAGUCCUCCAAGUAAGAGAAAGCUAAAAGAUUUCCAGGACACGAAAAAUGAGAGCAUUCAGGUAGUUUCUAAGACUGAAGACCAAAAGAAUUCUCCUAGUUCACGUGCGAAGGCCCAAAAUGCUACCUCUGCCAGGAGCGUGUUAAGUAACUCGCGCCUUUGUUUACCACCUCAUGCAACUAACCCUCCGCACAAGAGUGGUGCUAGCACUUCAAAGACAGAGGCAUCAUCUAGUUUCACCCGCCCAAGUCUACACUGGAGGGAAACUCGUGUGCGUAAGGAACCAGGUGUUGUUGAUCCACAUGAUGAUUUUCUUGAUACUCUGGAGGCUGUAAAAAAUACGAUCAGGAACCCUACAACUAGAGAAGAAGCACUAGCUCUUGCUGCCCCUCCUCCCCAAGAUAUGGACUUCAAUAACUCAGAUGAUGAGACUCAAGACAUCAAUAUUGUCGCUCAGGGCCUCAACAACAUACCAGUUCCGAAGCAGCGAAGCUCAAUUUCAAUCCAUCCACCGAAUAAAGAUUUCAAAUAUACAGAACCUGUAAGAAAGAAAGCUGAUCGGGCGAAUCUGAAAGGUGUUGAAUGCAAGCAGUGCAAGAAGUUCUAUGACGCUGUGCUUCCUGAUGGCCGUGUAAAUGGUGAUGGUGCUACAAGUAUGAGGUGCGAGCAUCAUGAUGGUGUGUCUAGACACAGAUACAGGUAUGCCCCUCCAUUGACACCCGAAGGGUUUUGGAACAUUGGAUUUGAAUCAGAGAUGUAGCACAUGAAGCAGGAGCCAAACUUCUUUGGUGUACAGUGUAUUGUCACAGCAUAGAUCCUCGGUUACCCCUGUAUUCUGUUAAUGGCGCAGAAAAUUCAUGUUGGGGGCAUACCCAUCAUCAUUAAGGUUGGUGAUCAUUACAGUGUCAGUUUGUGGAGGAUAGAUAAUAAAGUCAGUUUGUUCAGUUCUAUGUAAAUUCAGAAAAGUUGAACAGUUGCUUGUUUGCUUAUUUACACUCAAAGAAGCAGCUUUCUUGCCCUUAACGAUGUAUGUAAUAUUCAGUGGUGAAUCAACUUUGUUGCCCCUGAGAAACAAUUCAAAAUAACAUGGAAGGAAGCUACUGAACCUUUUACAGUUGUACUUAAAUUCA